AGAAGAGGGGGUGGGUUGGCUGUGGAAGAAAUAAGCUAAGUUGUAGUGAUCAAUACAUGGUGUAUAGAAACGACCACUAAUCAUGCAGACUGCAGUCUCUCUACGCUCGAGUUUUCUUGUUAACAGACCAGAGGAAAAACUUAGGGGGAAACUGCAGUCUAAGAUAUAGCUGAAGCUAGCCGCCGACAAUUUUUCGCCUUUGUCAUGAACUAUCUCAGGUUACUUUGCUAAAUCAAGGACAUUGCUUCGUUGAGUAGGUGUCAUUACCUACCGAGAUGACCAGUCGGCCUUGUCUUCUUUACAUUCUCUCUGCUGCAGUCGUCUUUCGUUAACAUUAAACAACACAAUCAGCAUAGCAGCAAUAUUGCCUUCGAUGUGUCUUCCGUUUCCUCAUGGUCACCUAGAAUCUGACUGUUACUGCUUUCGAUUGCUUUUCUACACUACUAUAAAGAAUUUUCACAUGCCUUCUUAUUUCGACUAUACACUUAUAAGUAAAAAUAGCCACAUAUAUAUACUAUGUUGAUUAUGUAACAGUAAACAAGCCAGGGAAACAGUUCAACUCGUUUAAGAAUUGUAGUUGUGGUCAGAAUAAAUAAUAAUGCUUGUUCUCCAAUAUUCACGGAUGUCUUUGGAAUGAUUACUCGUUAGACGGACACGUGUUAGACCAAUGGAACGUGAUAUAGCCGAAAUCACUAGAUACCUUAGCAAUAAAACAGAUCUAGAGAGUCACGCUGCCUAGCCACCGACUGUUGACAACCAGACGGUGGGGGUGGGAACAACACUCUACAAGACUGCCUACCCGCCUUGUUCUGUUUAUCCGUCCGUCAUCCGACUGUCGCCACCAACCAAUACUGCCAGGUGUAUUUUCCCUCUGUCCGACUUCAUCUUCGGUACACCCACCACCACUACCACUAACACUGCCGUAGCCGUGACCACCACCUUCAAUACUUCCUGUAAACACUUUACCCCGGCUCGGCCUGUUGGCUGCAAGCCUAUGGAGAGAGCACACCGAUACCCAAACACACUCAAAGGAAUCUCUAUACUGCAGUACCUCCAUCGUAGUGGUGGUCGUCGUCGCUGUGGAGGCCGUCAAAGUAAUCAUCAUUAUCAUCAUCAUCAUCAUCAUCAUCACCAUUAUUAUUAUCAACAUCAUUAUCAGACCACCGGCUAUUGCGACUCCAAGUCCAGUUAUGGCCAAGUGUUACGAUAUUUUAGUACGUCUGCUCCUUCUCGGCGACACCGGGGUUGGCAAGUCUUGUAUCCUGUGCCGUUAUGCCAACGAUGAGUUCCUGGAUACUCAUAUAUCAACUAUAGGUAUUGAUUUCAAGAUGAGAACAGUUAACAUGGAUAAUAAAGUAGCCAAAAUCCAAAUUUGGGAUACAGCAGGCCAGGAGAGAUUUGAAGCUAUUACUCACCAAUUCUACAGACGUGCUCAGGGAGUUCUUUUAGUAUAUGAUCUAUGCAGCCGGACAUCCUUUGAAAAUCUCUCGAAAUGGUUAACUUAUGUUGACGAGUUUGCAAAUGAAGACACGGAACUUUUACUUUUGGGAAAUAAAAGUGAUCGCUGUCAGUGGAGAGAAGUUUCUUGUGAAGAAGGACAGAAGUUUGCCGAGCAAUACAACAUGAAAUUUUUUGAAACCAGUGCAAAAAACCGGGAAAACAUAGAUCAGGCUUUUCAACAUAUCUGUGAAGGUAUCCUUCAAAAACAAUCUCUAAAGCGGUCGACUCAAUCACUUAACACAAGCUCCAGUUCAAACUCCCAUCUAGUCCAUCGAGGCAGAUCAGUUCUCUCCCUUGAAUCUAAGCAUGAAGACAAUAGUAUGAAAACUUCAGAACAUUCUUACUGGAGAUGUUGUGCUGGUGUCAUGUAAUCACAGGCAAUGUAAAAAAAAAAAAAUUGGUUAAUAAGCUAUGUCUAUACUUAAUAUCCUAGACAAAGAUAUUUUAGGUGGGUAAAUCCUUCAUGCUCCUUACCUGUUGAGCCAAAUGGUAAGAAUUUUGGUGCUGACACAUUGAAAAAUUCCAUUUAUUUUUAGAUUAUUUCAAACCAAAAACAAUGUGAUAUAUUAAAUGUUCCAAAUGAUUUUAAUUGUUCUCAACAAAGGUUUUGUAAGCUAUUGUUAUUGUAAAUUGCAGCAUAUAAUUGCAACCUAAUAUAAACGGUUGGACCAGCAUACAAGCUGUCUUGAAGAAUUUUAGCGUUUCACCAUUUUAUAAUUUUAUUUCAUUUUAUACUCUGUGUGACCAUAUCAGUCCUUGGUUUCCUAAAGGAAUUUUCAGUCUUUAAUAUUUUUACUUUAUAAAUAUGGUGAGUUGACAGAAACAGCAGUGUGCCAGAUUAAGCAUAUUGUUUGAUGUUUGGAACUCGAAUGCUACUGGAAAAUGACUUUGCCUUUCAUCCCUCUAUGGGUUGAUAAAAUAAGUUUGAGUUAUAUUUUGGAGUUUAUUCAAUCAACUUGUACCUAGUGAAGAUAAAUAAAAACUUUCUUUAUACACUAA